AUAAAUUUAUUUAAGAAUUUUAUGGUAGAAAAUAAAACAGUGUUAGUUACAGUUGGAUCAACUCGGUUUGAUGCUUUAAUAUUGAACAUUCAGAAGAAAUCCGUUCAAAAUGCCUUGAUUUCUCAAGGAUUUUCUAAAAUUGUAGUUCAAUAUGGAAAAUCAGAAGAUAUUUUUAAUCAAUGGGAACCAAUUAAUGGUAUGGAAGUUAGUGGAUUUAGUUAUUCUAAGGAUAUUGAAGAAGAAUUUCAAAAAUCAAGCCUGAUUAUCUCACAUGCAGGAUCAGGAUCGAUUAUAGAAGCACUAGAACUUAAAAAACAACUUAUUGUAGUUGUCAAUGAAACAUUGAUGGAUAAUCAUCAAAAAGAGUUAACACAAAUAAUGACAGAUCAAAAAUAUCUUAUUUCAAGUACACCAGAGAAUCUUUUAUAUGCAAUACAAGAUCUUAAUAAAAAAGAAUUACAACCUUUUCUAUUCUCUAACGAACCAACGUUUCAGAAGAUUUUAGAUAAUCAAAUGGGAUUUAAUUAG